AUGUACAGCCAGCGGCGACCCGCGCCCGACUCGACGUACGCGUCCCAGGCGGCGCGAUGGAAGCAGGGCUUCAAGGCGCCGGCGCAGCAGCCCGCGCUGCAGCAGACGGACCUCGAGAACGCGCUCGUGUCGGAGCUCUGCUCGUCCGUGGGCUCCUCGUCCUUCCCGCCGCGCGAGGUGCUGCACAAGCUGCUGCGCUACCUGCACACACUGGAUCACGACUACAUUUGCGAGCUGCUGGACGACAAGUUCGAGAGUCCGCUGUGGCAGGUGAAGGCCAAGGCUUUGUCCGUGCUGAGCGCGCUGCUGGGCAGCGCCGAGGCCGAGUUCUACAAGCAGUACUACGGCGGCCGGCUGGACCUGCUGGAGGACCUGCGCAAUGCCAGGAAGGACAUGCUGCGCAAGCGUGCAGACAAGGUGUACUUGCUGCUCAAGGACUACGUGCCGCCCGACGAGGAGAGUCCGCUGGAGAUGAUGCGCCGCAUGCAGGAGGAGGAGGUCGAGGAGGCCGAGGCCAGAGCGGCGCAGACGCCCGAGAUGCACACGCUCAUGCACACGUCGCCCAUUGUGGCGUCGCAGCAGACCCCGCACGACCUGAUGAUGGACAUGAACGACUCGCCGCGCAGCAGCAGCGCCCCGCUGCCUGCCCCUGCGCCGCAAGAAGGGUCGGCGCUCAGCUUUUUAACGCCUGCAGCCCCCCAGCCACCGCAGCAGGAGUAUGCGCCUGCUCAGAUGGCUGCUGAGCCUUUGACGCCCCCCGUGAGCAACUCGGCGUUCGGCUUUCUCUCGUCCAAUGGCGGCGAGGUGGACUCACCGCCGCCAGCUGCCGUGCCAGCGCCGCCGGCCUCAGGCGGCUCGGCGUUCAGCUUUAUGGCAGCAGCACCUGCACAGGGUGCUACCCCAGUCCCUGCCAUGGCUGCACCAGCCAUACCGGCACCCAGCGCGCCGCCUCUAUCGUCGGACUCUUCAAGCUUUAGCUUUUUGAACCAGUCCCCCGGGGUGAAAAGCGUCCAUGCUAUUGAGCACGGCAUCCCGUCGCCACCGCCGGCUGAAAACGCGUCGGCGUUUGCUUUCAUGGGCGGACAGCAGCCUCAACAACAGAAGUCGGCUUCAGCCGGUGCCCCCACGCAGGCACCGGCUGCACCUGUGCUUCAACGCCGCCACACAGUCUUCGACACUCUUCCGGAACCGACGCUAUUGCAACCAUCCCAAAUGAUUGAGGCGGAGAAGGAAGAAGAGAAAGAGGAGGAACCCGAGAUGUCAGACCCGAUUCACGAUGCGUUUGAAGGGUUGGAUGCUAAUGACGGUGCUCAAGCAUUGGAUUCGUUUGACGCUUACAAGCCGACGUCGGAUGCAGUGCAUGGGGGGGUUGAGAGCGACGUUCCAGAGCCUACGCAGUCUAAUGAGCCGUUGCGAGAGGUGAUUCUGGAAAUUGAGGUGCCGCCAGGACCCAUGGGCGUGAUGCUGGACCGUACAAUCUCUGAUAUGACGGUGAUCGAACGCUUCGUGCCCCUGCCAACGGGUGGGCGAGGUUACCUUGAGCUCCAUCCAGCAAUCUGCCCGGGUUGUGCUCUGAUUAGUAUUAACUCCAUCUACGUGGAGAACAAGGGAUUAGCCGAGGUGGGUCCCAUCUUAGGCUCUCUUGCAAACGCCCCCAAGCUGCUGCGUUUCAAGAAACUCAUGACCCAGGGUCGUACCGCUAACCCAUCGACACUGCUGGUGCCUUAUGUCCCUCCCCCUCUGGAGGAAGAGGAAGUCUGCACAGCUGAUGCAGAGAGCGUGGAAGAGGACCAAGCCCAGCCCGAGUCGGAGGAUAUUCAUACCCCAGGGAGCUCAACCGGUGAAGCGUUCAUGACGCGUCUGAACGGAUACAGGAGUAGCCUGAGCGAGAUCGAGGCGAAGCUAAAGGAAAUCAUCCGUCGUGAGCACGGUGGGCAGCCCAUUGUGGACCGCCGCAACCAACUCGCGCAACUUCACGGAACAGUGGAGAAAAUCCAGACACAAGGCAUUGACUCGGUCAUUUUCGGGGAGCACCGACCGCCUAACUACGAAGAGGUGAAGCAGUUCCGGUCAACAUUGGUGCGGAAGGCGGACGAGCUGGCUCGGCUGAUUCAGAGUACUGCGAGUUUAGAUCUUCCGCCGGCGUACAGCACCAUCGCGGCUGCAGAAGAGGAGAAGCACCCAGUGUCCGCCUUUGCAUUCGUCGGAGGGGACUCACACAGCACAGUCAAUGACCCACCGCUAGGAAUCUCACAGCUGCAAGGCGACUCGGGUUUCAAGUUCCUGAACGCCAACGCGAACCCUCAAGUCGCUGAUGUUCACGGAGGAAACGUCGCAGUCCCAUCGGCAGCACCCGUGCAAGCAGACAACUCGUACGGCUUCAGCUUCCUCCGCGACAACGCACAACAGCCUGUGGCUGCAGCAGCGGCUGCUGCUCCGCUUACCGUUAGUCAGGCGCCGACGAGUCCGUCAUCCAGUUUUGGUGUGCUGUCGACCGAUGGAGCGAACCCUGUGGAGGCGACCGCGAAUGUGUUUGCGGGACUCAACUUGAAGGACGACACCCAGCAGCAGCAGCAGCCAGCGAGACCUGCGCCUGCUCUGUACGACACAUUAACCAAGAGCAGCCACGGCCGACCCAUGGGUCUCAGUGACCUGGAGGCGUCGCUGCGCUCGACGGCGUCAAGCAGACCGCAAGUCCCAGCCAUCGCCGAGUCCACGCAGUCGUCCUUCGGGUUCAUGUCCACCAUCAACGGCGGCGACCACCCCGUGUUCGACAGCAGCUCCACCAGCACGGAGCCGACUUCCCCUACGGCGUUCGGCUUCAUGCGGGGCAGCAACACGUCCUCCACGACACCCACCGUGGCCUCGUCGACCCUCUCGCAGGCCCAGUCGCAGCGCAGCGUCCUCCAAGAGCCAGAGCCGUCCAUGUUCUCGUUCAUUUCCAACUAG